UGCCCCCUCCCCGCCGCCGCCAUGAAGUGGAUGUUCAAGGAGGACCACUCUCUGGAACACAGAUGCCUGGAAUCCGCGAAGAUCCGAGCGAAGUACCCCGACCACGUUCCGGUGAUUGUGGAAAAAGUCUCAGGCUCUCAGAGUGACAUUGACAAGUGGAAGUACUUGGUUCCAUCUGACAUCACUGUGGUUCAGUUCAUGUGGAUCAUCAGGAAAAGGAUCCAGCUUCCUUCUGAGAAGGCCAUCUUCCUGUUUGUGGAUAAGACAGUCCCACAGUCCAGCCUAACUAUGGGACAGCUUUACAAGAAGGAAAAGGAUGAAGAUGGAUUCUUGUAUGUGGCCUACAGUGGAGAGAACACUUUUGGCUUCUGAGGGCCAGCGCUGGGCUAGG